AUGACCAUAGCGAACCGUAAGGUAUACCGCAUCUUGGUUGACACCGGGAGCUCGGCCGACGUGAUUUAUUCUAAAGCCUUUGAAAGAAUGGAGAUUUUGAGGUCUCAUCUUAGGCCUGUAAAGACCCCACUGCACGACUUUGCCGAGGAAAGAGUGAUCUCUGAAGGAGUCAUCUCCCUCCCAAUGACUGCAGAAGAAGGACAACAUCAAGUCACACUUAUGGUAGACUUCCUAGUUGUCAACGUACCAUCAGUACAUAACGUCAUUCUAAGAAGACCUUCUCUCAACGCGAUGAGAGCAGUCGUCUCCACGUAUCAUCUCAUAAUGAAAUUCUCCGCCAAGGGCGGAAUAGGCUACCUCCGAGGGCCUGCGGAAGGCUUGUUCGUGAAAGACCUAGUGAACGUACCGCUUGAUGAAGCCGAUCCGAGCAGAACCGUUCAACUCGAGACAGCGUUGAGCUCUGAACAAUGGCUCGGAAUACUAGCCUUCCUACGACAACAUAGGGAUGUCUUCGCAUGGUCCCACCAAGAUAUGUCCGGAAUUUCUCCGGAUGUCAUAGUGUACAGGCUGAACAUGGAUCCGAAUCAUAGACCUGUCAAGCAGAAGAGAAGGUCGUUCGAAGCCGAACGAUAUGAAGCAAUAGCUAACGAGAUGGAUCUCAGAGAAAUGUCUGCCGUCCUCCGAGAAUACCAGAUGAAGCUGAAUCCCACGAAGUGCGCUUUCGGAGUCGGCAGAAAAAUUCUUUGGGUUUCAAGUCAGUCAGAGAGGCAUUGA